AUGAACGACUCCAUCUCUGAUUCUUCUAUCCGUCGUUCUUCUAUUCACAAGUCUUCAAUCCCCACUAAAGUCGAGAUGAGCCAGCAUGAGAAGUAUAGUGAGGCUACCAGCGAGGCGCCCACGAUCCCUCCCCCGCCUGAGCAGUAUGCCUGGAGCCGGGUGAGGGAGUACUGUCAAGAUGCCUUCUCCGAGUUCUUUGGCACUUUCAUCCUGCUUCUCUUUGGAGAUGGUGUCGUUGCCCAGGUUGUGCUCAGCCGAGGAACAAAGGGUGAUUACCAGAGUAUCUCAUGGGGAUGGGGCCUCGGUGUCAUGCUUGGAGUGUAUGUUGGCGGUAAAUCUGGUGGUCACUUGAACCCAGCCGUGACACUGGCAAAUUGUCUGUUCAGAGGUCACCCAUGGCGAAAGUUUCCCAUAUAUGCCAUUGCCCAGAUCCUCGGAGCCAUGGCCGCCGCAGCUGUCGUGUACGGAAACUACAAAUCUGCCUUCGACGCAUAUGAAGGCGGUCCUGGUAUCCGAACCGUUGUUGGCGAGAACGCAACCGCCGGCGUCUUCUGCACAUAUCCUGCUGAGUUCAUGACACGUACCGGCAUGUUCUUCUCCGAAUUUGUUGCCAGCACCAUUCUGCAGUUUGUCAUCUUCGCCAUGGCCGACAGCAACAACAUCGGUGCCGGUCCUUUGAUGCCGCUUGGUCUGUUCUUCUUGAUUUUCGGAAUCGGAGCGUGCUUCGGAUGGGAGACUGGCUAUGCCAUUAACCUGGCUCGUGACUUUGGUCCUCGUUUGGUUUCGUAUAUGAUCGGAUACGGCAGCGAGGUCUGGUCUGCUGGUGGUUACUACUUCUGGAUCCCCAUGGUGGCUCCCUUCUUUGGCUGUGCUUUCGGUGGCUUCCUCUAUGAUGUGUUCAUCUACACAGGACCCAGUCCCAUCAACACGCCUGGUAUGGGUUUCGGUCGCCUCGUGAGCCCUCGUCGGUCCACAUGGUCAAACACAUACAGUGCUACAGGCUCUCCAGUGUAG